AUGUCGGCCAGAGGGGCUCGAAGUCGCAAGGUUCAACAGAAAGAUAUCGAGAAAAAGGAAAAAAAGGUCGCUGUACAGGGCAAAGCCGUACAGACUUCUAGUCGUCAAGAUGAAUAUGCUAAAUGGCGUUCUACGCCGGUCUCCAAGAGUUCAGGUCACACCGAGAUAUCGCGAUCAGUUACGGUAUCCAGUCAUGCGACCUCGCGCAGCAGUUCCACAAACAAUAGUCAAAGGCGAUCGCAACUAAAUGCUCUUCGCUCGAGCGGUUCAAUUGAACUUAAAGCACCCAGGGUACCGCGCUCGACAAGUGAUUCAGCCUCAGUCUCUGGUGUUUCGUCAAGAGAAAGAGAGAGGGUUGGCCAUGAUGCAAAUGGACAGGCAGCACGGAGCAGAUAUGUGGGAGGGGAUGUUUCUGCUUCACACGGACCGCCUCAGUACCGAACAGAGCCCAUUGGCUCAUAUCCUACUGCCAACCAGAAAAGUUGGUCAGGCUUCAAAGUCUGGGAGGGAGGGGAGGAGGGCAUGCGACCGUAUCUUGGUUUCGACCGCGACGAGGAUAUGCAAGAGGGCAGUGUACUCGUCUAUUUCAAAGAGGAACAGGCAGAUGAAAAUCGCCCCCUUCCUUCCCUUCGCGCCGAUCUGAAAAUCCUCGAGAACUCCGGCUCAACAUGGAUAAACAAUGCUCUUUUGUACGGCCGCAUCGACAAUGACGAUGACGAAUGGACACUACCGAGUAGUCCGGAAUCGAUGAUCCCACCGCAGCCUUUUCACCAUGGAAAUCUAUAUGAUGGACAAAGGAAGAUGCUAGCGCCGGUCUCCCCUGGCGGACAGUCACCACCACCGCUCGAUAUUGAUCAGGCGUACGGCACCAUCUCAUCGAGAACGACUCUCCAAGCCCAAUCGUAUUCUGACUAUGAUCGCUCAGAGCGCCCAAACUCCCCGGGUCUGUUCCAGCGAAGUAGUCAUCGCAACCCGACUCACGAGAUCUGGUUCACGGCACCAGCCAGCAUUAAAACAGUUCAAGAUCAACGGUUACACCAUGUAGCUGUUCGAAACUUCCUCGCCAUGCUUCACGGCAAGCCCAUUGUGGGGGCCGAUUUAUUCGACAUGCUGAACACACUUCAACCUGAGAUACAAAUCAUGUACGACCUCGAGAGCGAUAGCCAGUCAAGCAUAACGCCUCGUGAGCGUAGUGUUCAGAUGCUAACAAACUACCUCGGCCAGCACGGAGUAAACGAUAUACGCAACAACGUCAAACACGCUUUGGGGCUUCUAGCAUGGUCCGAACAGGAUGGUGUGAAAUGGCGUCAAGGGUAUCUGGAAAGCUUCGUCCAUCUGGCAGGUCUGAUGAGCCCACAUAUGGAGGCGCUUCCGGAGUUCAAACGCUUGUCCAUUGUAACAAGACGCAAUCUCGGAAUCGCCGGAAAGACGCUGCAACUUCAUGUUAUGGAGGCUGAAGAGAAGCUCGCAGCUUUCGACUUUGAUGAUCUCUGGGAAGAGACGCCUAAACUUGGCAGCAGUCCGGUUUAUCAGAGUUAUCAGGCCUUUCGCCAGUUUCUCACAAAUCACUAUACCCGUACGUAUGGGAAGUGGCCGCCGGAUUCGACGAAUUCCUGGCUCGAUCGCAAGAUCGUGCUCGAGAUGCAGGAAGAUCUGGGCUCGUUGUACGACUACCUGGUUGAUCGAGACGUGGUCUGGAAUCCCCGCGAGGAGCGCGCAAGCAGGAAGUGGGAGAUGGCGAAUCACAAGGUGGACGACUUCAAAGCGGAUCUGCCUGAGCUCGGCAUGACGGACAUGCUCAUUCGUUUCGACAGCAACCAUGGAUACACACACAUACCGCAUCCAUACCCGCUGCUGCCAAAAGAUGUGGCGAAAGUGGCGAAAGAGAGCAAAAAGGGCUUCUUCGCAUCGCUAAAAAAAGACAAAAACAAAGUCAAAGACACCACAAAAGAAGCCAAAGCCCACCUCCAGCUAUCCAUCGUCUUCGGCGACGCAACAAACAUGGAAAAGCUAGGCGCAACCUACACCGGCUCCGUCCUAAUCGACAAAUUCGAGCACUUCGAACUAACCACCGACCCCAAGCACGCCACCCCCCGCGAAGCCCGCCUCGGCCGGUGGGUGCUCCUCUACGCCGUCCUCCAAGUCCUAUCCACGCUCUCCGUCGACAUCCAAAACCUCAAGCACACAGACGACGUGCGCUACUUCCUCUGCGCCGACCUGGCCCGCUGUCCAGACUGGGUCACGCAAGGCCAGACGGCCUUCCUGCAGGCCUCCCAGCGCCGCUCGUGGUGCUGGCAGCGCACAUGGGACCUCACGCCCGUGCAGACCGCGCCUGUGGAACUCGAUGCCGGGCCACAUCAUGGCAAUGGUAGGAAUCAGCGCGACGACGAUGAUUUGACGAAUAUCGUGGAUAGAUACCGCACUACGCACCCUCCCCCGGCGCAGAGUCUUGAUGGCGCGACGCUCGCGCAGGAUGAUGUGCGUCACCUUGCUGACCGCCCCCGAGACCAGAAAAUAAAUAACGUGGACUACGCGGACAGGGGGUACGCGAUCAGACCGGAUCCCCCGCCGCGUAGCCCGCUUAGGAAUUCGGCGCAUUUGAGUAUUGGUGAGUAUCCGUUUCGCACUGAGGAGGGGGAGUGGCCGGUGCCGCCGGUGCGGGAUACGGGGAAGGAGGGAGAGGGGGGGAAGGAUGGGGGGUGGAUGUAA